AGAAACAAGGCACGAUCAAACCCCGUUCACUAGCUACAAGUCGACCAGAUGCCAUUGUGCAGGACCACUACCUACCUAACGCCACUAAGUUCUACGGCCCCCAUGUAAUUGUCCACAUGGUGCAAAUCACACAAGAGAUAUUGUUCUAAACAGCCUGUACUGGAGGAUUGUUUGGAAUCUGCUCUCGGGUCUGCAUCGUUUUGCCGGAGGCCUUCUUCCAUCCGCUACAAAAUUCUUGUUCAUGCGGAGUGUAUGUCUAUGAUCUGAUCUGAUGGAGAGUCGUCAACCCGGCUGCUUAUUGUCUUAUGAAUCUGUUACAUGCCUAGUGUGAAGGAGAGGUGAGCCCUCGGGAAUGGACGGACGAUCUAUCAGUAUGCGUCAUUGACUAACUGCUUGCGAGACAGGAGGCAAAAGCCGAUCGAUUGCAGUGUGUACGGCGCUUGCUCUCCUCCCUUCUGUCUUGUUCAUCUCUGUAGCAAGUGGUGCACUGUCAAUAUUGGCGAUUGCUUAUAUCGGAAGUAAGUUGGCAGGAUUGACGUGAAUUGGCCCUUCGGACGUUGUAUGACAACUGUACAGCAAUGUCAGCGUGUGGUAUUCUCCUCUAAGGGAUGGACUUCGUGAAUAGAGAAGAGAACAGAGAAGGAGGCGAGCUUGUUCGUGUUGCGUGAUUGUUGCUGUUUCAGGAGAAUGGCCGUCGUCUAGUCCAACCUGAGAGUGAUAACAUCUUAACAAGGAGGCGACACUGUCGGGCCGAAACUAAAAAACUUCAGCACGAAACGAAAGCCCGUGGAGAUCACACAAAUCCUCGGCUUAGUUGGAACAGCUCGACCGGAUUGUCGGCUUUCUGCCCAGCAUAAAAAUGGCUACGAUCACCAAGGCCAUUCCUGCUGCCCUCAGGUUACAGGGUAAAGUGGCUGUGAUCACGGGAGGAGCAAGCGGAAUUGGUCAAGAGACAGUGAAGACGUUUGUGGCACACGGUGCAAAAGUGAUAAUUGCCGACAUUCAGGACGCUGCAGGAGAGAAGUUGGCACGCGAGCUCGGCGGACCUGACACAGCCCGCUUCAUCCAUUGCGAUGUGAGCCGAGAGGAACACGUUGCAGCGGCUGUGGAUCUCAGCGUCAGUGCCUAUGGAGGCCUCAAUGUUAUGUUUAACAAUGCUGCAGUAACUGGGCCCGUCGGACCGCUCGACCAAAUUCCCAUGGCAGAUUUUGAUCGUGCCUACGGCAUUCUCUUGAAAGGGGCAUUCAUGGGAGUGAAACACGCCGCCAGAGUUAUGAAGCCGAUGCAAUCGGGCAGCAUCAUUACCACAGCGAGCGUGUCUGCACAUAUCGGAAGCGGCCCCAUGGCUUACACGACAUUCAAGCAUGCAUUGUUGGGAAUGACUCGCUCUGCAGCUUUCGAGCUAAGGGAUUCCAAUAUCAGAAUUAACACCAUUUCUCCUGGUAUGAUCUGGACACCGAUGUGGAACCAGCUAUCUCAGGCAGCACUCAAUAAAGUCCAGACCUUGUCAUUUUUCCCGGCUAUGAAGACUAGUGUCUCACACCAAAUGGCAGGCCCUGACUGUAUAGCGAACGCAGCUCUGUUUCUAGCCAGCGACGAUUCUUCUUUCGUCAGUGGCGAAGACUUGGUGGUGGAUGGAAGUCAUAUGUUGCAUCCUGAGGAUAUAAUUACAAGGCUGCUGAAGUCUGCUAAAGUCCGAUGAAGGAAAUCUGCCUCCGACAAAACAGCCCUUCUUACAUGUACAAGUUAUUGUUGGGCUAAUGUGCAAACAAGGAACACAGGGUAGUUUUUACCCCUAGAAUACAACUGAUCGCAAAAAAGCCCAGCAAGGGGACCACUACCCGUGGACGAGAUUGGGGCACACUUACUUCUCGCGCCCCCUGACUUUGAAUCAGAGGUCUAGGUAGGGUAGUUAGCUUCUUUACUAUUCGACUCCGAUACUAAUAAAGCGACGUCCCACUCUCUUUCCCC